AUGCAGGUUUGGGGUCAUGCCAUAGGGACCUACGUCUCUAGGAUGGCCAAGGAAAUUUGCUUUAGAUCUCUUACUUAUCUGUUACUUCACCGAUUGGUCGCUUCUACUAUUUGUCAUCUCAAGGAGCAUGAAAAAGUUCCUUCAAGGGACCUGCUCUGCUUAUGGUGUCUUACUCAUAUUGAGGUUUCCUACAUUCUCUCAUUCGCUCUUGCUCUCUAUUUGUCUAGUGUGGUUCUAGGUUCGAUGCACUCGAGAAAGAUUUGUGGUGGUGAUUGGGUCACUCAAUUGGCCCUGUCUUAUGAGCUUGAUACUAGUGGGAUGUUUCCUAUUCCUAUUAGGAAGUUGGGUACGACUGCUCUAGGGAAGAUACAAGUGUUGGUUCGUGGAGACGAUCGACAGUGGAGGAUUCCGAAUAAUGAUGUUGUGGAACCUAUUAGACAGGUAUUAGAGACCUAG